AUGCUGGACUUUUCCCAGUUCAGCGCCGCUUUCCCGACAGACGGGCCCAAACCGUACGACCAGAACGGUGUACGAGUUAUCGAAACGUUCCGCAAGUCGUUUGAUGGCGUCUUGUUUAUCGACCGUGUGCUGAAGGCUUUGGGGCUCGGCGAAGGCAAACCAUACCCUCCGAGAGGCGACAGUGGCUUGCGCGCUCUGCACCAGCAAAUAUGCGAGACUAAGGUGUCAGCGCACGCCAAGCUAUCCGUCUUCUACUACUUUCUCCUCGACUACGAUGAGCUCCGCGGUGCGCGGUCACAGCUCGCCGAGGCGCUGGCUGAGGAGUCGGGCUUGCCGCAAAACUACCAGAUUCUUAUGAGGGGUCUGUGGCAUAUGGACCGCAAGGAAUUCAAGUUUGCUCUGGAGCACCUCGCCCACCCGUCCCUCCCUUCCGAGUUCGCCGACGACAUCAUCACGGUGCUCGUCCGCCACGCCAAGGACGAUGACUACAGCCUUCCGCUGGCUUACUACCACACCACGCAGCCCGUGCUGCAGACCUCGGAGGCGCUCGAGCUGCUGUUUGGCGCCCUGGCCCGCACGAGCGCCACCGAGGCGCUCUAUUUCUCGCGCAAAUACCCGGAUCACGCGCGGCAGCUGCUGUUUGAGAAGCUCGUGGCGUCCGUGCUGGAGCAUCCCGACGCGGUGGGCGCCCGGGGCAAGGAGCUUGUCAGCUUGCCGCUUACGGCAGACGAGGAGAAGUGGUUCCAGGAGUACAUCGCCGUCGGCGCCGGCAGGAAAUCCAAGAACGCCAAGCCCGUGGCGCAGAUGAGGCAGGUGGUCACGGGCAGGCACCGGGGUCCUAUUGAUGUCGGCUCUCGGGGGAGUCAAGGUGCUGCCGCAGUUCGAGUAGGGCGGUGA